AUGCAACGCAGAGGAAGCUACGAUGACGAUGAUGCUGACGAUCGCUUCUCGUUGGACCUGGCCUCUCCUUUGCUGCUGCAGCAGCAGCAGCAGCAGCAGCUGCAGCAGAAGCAGCAGCAACGCAAACUGCAGCAGCAGCAGCAGCAGCAGCACGGGAGAAAUGGUCUUCAUGAGGGGGGACGAGAAACAGCAAACUCAGCUGUGGCGCUGCUAGAGAGUGUUGUAGAACUGGAGAUGGAGCGUAUUGGUGCUCAUCGAGAUAUAAAACACUACCAGGAGGAGCUGCUGUUCCUGCAGCAGCAGGUUGCUGCAGCAGAAGCAGACUUGCGGGCUCUUGCUGAUGCAGCAGAUGGCACGCGCAUGCAGCAGCAGCAGCAGCAGCAGCAGCUCGAAGCGCUAGACGCAGAAAGGAGGUAA